CUCCCUUUCGUCAGUGCCAGUGAUUCAUUUGACAAUUUUUAGUUCUCCAAUAAAUUUCAUAUGUUAAAUAGUUAAAAACUAGUGAAAUACAAGAUGUUAAUUAAAGAAUACCGUGUCACCUUGCCCCUUACUGUAGAAGAGUAUCAAGUCGCACAACUCUUCAGCGUGGCCGAAGCCUCAAAAGACAACACAGGAGGAGGCGAAGGCAUAGAAGUGCUGAAAAACGAACCGUUCACCAACUACCCUCUGUUAGGGGGUAAGUACAAUUCUGGCCAGUACACUUACAAGAUUUACCAUUUGGCCAGCAAAGUGCCGGCCUUUAUCCGACUACUGGCACCCAAAGGCAGCUUAGAGAUUCACGAGGAAGCCUGGAACGCGUAUCCUUAUUGUAGAACUGUUAUUACGAAUCCAGGUUACAUGAAGGAAAACUUUGUUAUUUGUAUCGAGAGUCUACACGUGCCGGAUACCGGAAAGAAGGACAAUGUUCAUGAGCUUCCAGCUGACAAAUUGAAAAUCCGCGAAGUGGUACAGAUCGACAUCGCCAACGAUCCUGUGACGUCGGCAGAUUACAAAUCCGACGAGGAUCCUUUGAAGUUCAAGUCUCAAAAAACGGGACGCGGGCCAUUAACAGGUCCAGACUGGAAGGACAAAGUAGAUCCCGUUAUGACCUGUUACAAGUUGGUGACGGUGGAGUUUAAGUGGUUUGGCUUACAGACAAGAGUAGAAAGUUUUAUUCAAAAGUGCGAGAGGCGGCUGUUUACAAAUUUCCAUAGGCAAGUGUUCUGUUGGAUGGAUCGCUGGCACGGUCUUACAAUGGAGGACAUCAGGAGAAUUGAAGAGAAAACGAAAGAAGAAUUAGAAGCGUUAAGGAAAACGGGCGAAGCGCGCGGAAUGAAGGCAGAGUCAGAUUAAAAUAUUUUAGCCAAAAAAAAAGAGAAAAAAAGAUCCACCGAUAUAGUUAAUUAACUUAAAAAGCAACAGUCUUAACUUUACCAAAAAUUAAGGAAAAAAAUAGUUUAGGGGGGCAACAGUGGUCUUCUUUUUUCAGUCAUUGGCGCCCUGGUCAAAGUAUUGUAAGAGUAAAAAAAAAAAAAAUGUUUUGGGUUAUUUUUGGCUAAACUUGUUCGGCAAAUAAGGUCUCUGUUUAUAUUAGUUUUAUUUUCCGUAUUGAAAUCGGCCUCAACGAACAAGUUCAGUCACUUUUUUUUUUGAUAUGCACUUAACAAAAAUGGGUUAUAGAUUUUAUGCAUUUACUUAUAGGAUUUUUUUUAUUUUUUAUGGAGAUUUAGAUUAUGUACGUGUUUUAUAUUUUUUUCAAAAGUUACCAAGGAAAACACAUGUUUGUGGUUUCUUAUAGGAGACGACCUUCAGCCUGAAAAUUGUCAACGCGGAUUAAAAGAAAAAUAAUGAAAAUAUUCAGUUGCCAUCCCUCCCACAAGAUAUAAUAUCCUUUUUCUUUUUUUUUUUUUUUAAUAAUUAUUUGUGAAGUUUUAUAUAAAAAAAAUAAAUUGUUUGUUUUUCAUGAAUGUUUGUUUUAUUUUGCUUGGUUUCAUUAUUUUUCUUUUACAGCCUGAAGAAAGACAAUAUAUGUAUUUCAUAUAGUCUAAAUCGAAAUACUUAGUCAGAAAUGUUUUUUUUUUAUAAACUGACAAGUAGAUGAAAUACCUAAAUAGUUACAGUAUGAAUAAUUUGUUUCUGUAAUAAUCACAUAAAGUGGGUAGUUAGAAUCGAUUUUGUGAUUCUUGCAGAAAAAAUACUAAUGUUUUUGUGAGUAGUUUAAAUAUGCAUCGUUACAAAAACAAAAAUGUUCCCAUAUUCAAGUCAUUGACUCUUGUCAAUGGAGAAUUUCAUUUUAAUUUCUAAAUCUUAGAUUUUCCAGACAGACUUGUAAUAUGUUUCUGAAAGGUACACAUUUUAUAUCAGAAUUCUAGAAUUCAUACAGAGAAAACAGCAUUCCUACUUUUUAAUCCAUCAUAAUGAUCUGGUCUGUCGGUGAGAAAUUAUUAUAACAAUAAAUAAAGUUUAAGAUGGAAUGUGGCUCUCGCAUACAUAUUUGGUACCCCUAAAAUGACUUUCUAUGCUCAAGAUGAAGUUUUGUGUUGGUUAAAGAGCUUGAAACAACUAAUUUCUGUCUUGAUAAAUUAAUAAAUAAACCUCUCAAUUUCUAGUGAUUCGGGCAGUGACUGGAGAAGUAUUUUCAUACAAGAUGAUAGUAUGAAAUCUGGAGCAAUGAUGUUCCUUGUUCCUGUGUAUAUUGGAUUCGACUUCUUGUAAUGUGUUUUCAAAACAGGUACCCUUCAAGAGUCUACUUAUAAACCAAAUCAGUAAAUAAGACGUUUCUCCAUUGGUUAUGCUACCAGAUCACAUUAUGUUCUUGUUGGUUGGCUGGCACCUUCCUUUCUUUCUUUUUGUCUUAUUUUGCUAGUUUUGAUAGAUUCUAUACGUAAUUUCAUUUGAAGUCGAGAAUAUUACCUAAUUAAUACAGAAAAUUCUGAAAAAUAUUUAAAUUGUCCAGUGAAAUUCUCCAUUUACUAUUUCAGACAGUGUGUUUGCUAGUUCUUGAAAGCUUCGGAAAUACACUAUGAUUUACCUUUCAAUUGUCAAUUCUUAGAAAUCCUCUUUAAUACAAAAUGAGGGACAGGUAUUGAACAAAUAUUUUUUCCUAGACAAUAGAACGCCCCAGCAGUAUGAUGCUCCAAGUACAAUUUUUUUUAAUACCUAUAUCUACCUAACUUUUUUAUAUUCGUGUUUAAAAGUUUGAUCGAACGACUUGGAAAAUUUUAAGAAAAAAGGAAAAGUUUGAACUUCAAAGUGUUUUAUCAAAUUUCUAAACGCAGGUUUAUUGUGGUUUCGGAAAAUUUACUUAUAAGUAAAAACCUGGUGGUUUUUUACUUAAGUUUCAAUUAUUAUGAUCUACAGAAAUGUAAAUAAUUUUGGCCUAAAUUCAUAUUUAAAACAAAAAGAUUUUUGUUAGAUCACUUGUUAGAAACUGUGAUUCUUUUUGAGGCCUAAUUUAUUCACUUUCUGAUAAACCGUCGAAUCCUAUUGAUCGGCUGGAUACUAAUUUGGUAUAUUUGUCUUGUAGACAGUUAACAGCAAGUUUAUCUGGAGAUGAAUAAACUGGGUGAAUUGAGAGCCUUACAUUUACAUCACUGUAGCCCUAUUAUUAUGGAAAGAUUGAACAGGAAAACGUUUUUUGCGAAGACCCUAUUGUAUUUAUAAUAGGUGUAAUAGAUGGAUAUCUACAGUAUUUUUAUCAGACAUUUAAUGCACUACCGAUUCCUAUCUCCAGUCCCAAAUAUUACAUGGUCUUUCAAAAAGCAUUUACACUGUAAGCUAGAAUGUAUUACAUUUUUCCCUGCUCAGUUUUUAUACUUACCUCCCUAUAUACUUAUAGGAUAUGUUGACUAUUAUUUUUAUAAAAAUAAUCAUCCCGAUUCAUUUGCUAACCUUUUUCAUGCAAAUGAUACAGGAUGUCAAUAGGAGUUUCCUUUUCACAUUUUACAGAAGCGAGAAGUACCAGAUGAGUUAUAUAGUAAAAAUAGUUAUGGAUUAUACAUGUUUAUAAUAAAGAAAUUUUUGCCAGGUCUGUAUGUAAGUUAAUUAAAAGUGUAUUUAACAAAAAAAAUAAAACGUGGUGAAUUUUUAUUAGCUAGGUAUGUAUGUAACAAUGUAAAAAAAGUAAUAAUGAAUUGAAAACUGUACACAAAAAAUGUUAAAUAAAGAUAAUAGGACUAGUCAAAUGUUGAA